AUGGCCGACGUCAGUGCGUGCUUCCGCCCGGGGGUGCUCGGCGAUGCGUUCAUCGAGGAGAAGCACAAGGAGUAUGAUGAGAGCGUACCUUACCACCAUGCGGUUGUCGAUGGUCUGAUCAACGACGACCUCCUGCGUGCCGCACGGAACGAAAUCAACGAGGAGCUGCACUUUACCGAGAAAGAGACCGACAUUUACAAGGUGAACCAGACCGGUGACCUCGCGAACCUCGACGGGCUGCCGGAGGAGGAGGCGAAGCGCCUGCAGUCUGUUCUCAAGGUGCGCAAUGCGAUCUACUCGGAGCAGUUCCGCUCGUGGAUCCAGCGCGUGACGGGCUGCGGCGCCCUGAGCGCCAAGAAGAAGGAUAUGAGCAUCAACGACUACCGUCAGGGAUGCCACCUGCUCAACCACGACGACGUGAUCUCGACGCGCCGCGUGUCGUAUAUCCUCUACCUCCCGGACCCGGACGAGGACUGGCGCCCGGAAUGGGGCGGCGCCCUCGAGCUGUACCCGGUCAAGAAGGCGCACUGCCCCGAGGACAUUCCGUCCAGGGUCAUUCCCCCGCGCUGGAACCAGUACACGCUGUUUGCCGUGCAGCCCGGCCACUCGUUCCACUCGGUUGAAGAGGUGGUGACACCGACGCACGGACGCCUGAGCAUCUCGGGUUGGUUCCACCGGCCCCAGCCCGGCGAGCCCGACUUUUCGCAGGAGGAGGAGGACCGCGAGGCCAAGGCCGAGAAGGAGUUUAGCUCGCUCGAGAGCCUCUCGUCGAAAAAGUGGGCGAGCGAGUUUGAGGAGUACGUCGACGCCGAGCCGCCGCUCCCGGGCUCGCCGAUCCCGUCCGAGCAUGUGCGCUUCCUGGCACACUUUUUGAACCCUGCAUACCUCACGAGCAAGAUUCAGUCAACGCUCUUUGACAAAUUCGGCGACGAAUCACACCUGCUUCUUGCCGACUUCCUCCGCCAGGACAUUGCCGAGUCGCUCGAAAAGGCGCUCCGCAAGAAGGACGAGGACGACGGCCUGGUGUGGUGGGCCGGCGAAGAAAAGGUCGGCUUUGACGCGGUGCAAAUCCAGCCGCACGGCGUCGGCACGCACCACGCGGCGAACGCCAGCGACGAGGACAAGCGCUGGGCCCUGGCAGGCCCGCCGCACCGCGAGCGCUUUGCGACGCUCGACAAGACCGUCACGCCGCGCACCGCGGACAAGGUCGACUAUAGCCAGACGCCGUCGCCGAUGCCGACGCUGCCUGCGAGCGCGUCGGACCUGCUCGCGUGCCUGACGCAUGUCCUCUUUCCCUCGGUGGCCUUCCGCCACUUUGUCGCCAACAUUACGCAGCUCAUUCCCCUCGCCGGCCGCCCGAUCCGCGCGCGCCGUUUCCGCCCGGGUCUUGACUAUACGCUGGCGCGCUCGGACGAAGAGACCGUGCUGGACCUUACUCUCACCCUCACGCCGGACGUGGUGAGCUCCGCCAAGAAGGUGGUGCGCACCACGGCGAAACCCAAGGGCCUCGCGGGCCGCAAGGCCAAGGCGCCGGCGUCGCUUAGCAAGGGCGUGCUGUCCAAGGCGGAUGUCGGCAAGCUCGAUGCGAUGUGGGAGACGGGUGAUAUCGGCGGCUGGGAGUGCUACCUUGCCCCGCAUGAAGGCGAGGAGGACCCCGCGGUGUACCAGAGUGCUGCGUCCCGCCGUGCCAAGGCGCAGGCCGAAGAGGGCGAGGGCGACGAAGCCCAAGAGGCCGACGAGGCCGACGAGGACGACGAGGCCCAAGAGGCUGAAGAAGAAGCCGACGAGGAUGAGGACGAAGAGGACGACGAGGCAAUGGACGAGGACGAGGACGAAGACUUUGACGGUGUUCUCCUCAACGUCACGCCAAGCUACAACACGCUCAACAUUGUGCUGCGUGACGAGGGCGUGAUGCGUUUCGUCAAGUACCUCUCUGCCAGCGCCGGCGGCUCCCGCUGGGACAUUGCGGCAGAGUACACGGCCGGUGCGGCCGAGGUCGAGAUGGACGAGGAAUAG